UGAAUCAGUUUUAGCUGCUGUGAAGGCUUUUUUUUCUAGAUCUCGGUUUUUAUAUUGUACUAUAGAUCGGUGUUGGGGGGUUUUACAUGCUGUGAAGAUGAUGUCUCAGACAGAACUUUUAGCUUGGUCGGAGUCGGACACGAAAUUUUUUGCCGACAAUCUAUUGGGAGUUGAAGAUUGGGGAGACUCUAUCACAGACGUAAAAUUUGACCCAGACGAGUUAUUUGGUGGGGGAGAAGAUAACGAUAUGGAACUGGAGUUUUUGAUUAAUGGAGAGGGUUCACCAGUUCAUCAGCCAAAUGCAGAUUUUGAAUUAUCGCAGACAAGCCUACUUCCUGCAAGUCCUUCUACCAUUAAGACAGAAGCAACUCUCGCACCACUUGCAUGCAAUGUCAAACAAGAGAAAAUACUCAUGCAGUCAUGUGGUGUCAAAUCCAUCCAACCUAUGCCAGUGGUUACAGCUGUACCUGUCAGUAUUCAGAAGGCACAGAUUGGACAACAUGCUACGAAAAAACCUGCCGGAGGUAUUCCUGUAUAUAUUCCUUGUACUGGUUCACUACCAAGCAACGGUGUUGUAUCAGUUGUAGUUGGGAAGAAUGUUAAUUCUACAUUACCCAAAGCAGUAAAUGUUGGCAUCACAAGGUCGAGUACUACCUCCCCAGAAACUGAUGCAAAACUUUUGAAAAGACAACAGAGAAUGAUAAAAAAUAGAGAAUCUGCAUGCUUAUCCAGAAAGAAGAAGAAAGAGUACCUACAAAGCCUUGAAACUAAAGUUAAAGAGAUCUCAAACAUAAAUGAAUCAUUACGAAUGCAAAAUGAAGGCUUAAAAAGAAGGGUAAAUGAACUGGAAGUAGAGAAUGCACUGUUGCGUAGCAAACACCCAGAGUUGACCAGCACCAUUAAGAAAUCCACUUGUGUUUUGGCUGUUGUUCUGUUUGUGGCUCUAAAUUUUGGUCCCUUCAGCAACCUCAAGGAACAAUGGAAAUUUAACAAAGCAGAUCUGCUACCAGGCUCGGUUGUCCGUCAUGGAAGAGCUCUUCUCAAUUACCAAGGAGAUGGGGAUGGUAGUGACCUUGAUAAACCACUGGUGUUUAGCCCUGUCAAUAAACGUCGUGGAAGGCAACCAUUUGCCAAGGCUGACCCCAGCAUGCUCAACACAUCUCACAAAAAGUCUUCACUGCUAAAGAGUAGAAAUGCAGAGAGGAAGGACUUGAUGGUGAUCAGGAACAAGUGGGACUUCCUCGCUGAUUCAAGGCAGAAGAGAAGGAAUUUAAAAAGAAAGGAAAGGAAUCCUAAGUCAAGGAGAAAGAUUGCUGAGAAACAACAUAAUGCAACAUUGGAUGAAGAUCAGUUUUACUGCCCAAGCAAUUUAAACAAGACUGAAGUGAACAGGAUAAAUGAGGCUCUUGAAGGCUGGGUAAAGAGAUAUGAAAAUCAGCAGAUCUUAAAACAGAAAAAACAAAAGCGUCAGCAGACCAAGAUGCAAUCUGUCAUCAAAGAGCUUGCCUUGAGACUGGCAUCAAACUGCACAUCAGAGGCCAAGCGAAAAAUUAGCAGGCACAAGUUUUCACGGAAACACAAUACUGCUUCUACACAUGAAGUACAAUUAUUCCAAAGGGCCAAUAAAUUCAAAACUUUUGAGGAAGAAAUUAACAAGAAAUCAGACACUUUGUACAUAGUUUCUUUUCGAGGGGAUCAUUUGGUAUUUCCUGCCACCGAAUACAACACAACACAAAGGCCUAAGAUGUCAUUCAUGAUUAUGGCACCACCCAACAGAACGGAGUGGCAGCAUAAUAACGCCAGGAAAACUGACUUAGUCACUAUGAUGCAAAUCGACUGCCAAGUUAUGGACACGAAAUUUAUCAACAUCAAGAAGUCAAGCAUUCCCAUGCCCCACCCCGAUAGUUCUUCUUUUGGCACCUCGACACCAGUCUCCGUCCCUCACGAUUUUAGCGCUCCUUCUGGGAAUACUUUCGUGAAACCCGCGAAAUAAUUUACCUGAAUGAACACUGGGAAAGUAGGUCUGACCGUAUUUGAGAGCCUUCCAAGAAGAUAUAUUUCUAUACCAUUUUUAGUACUAGUCCUUUUAUGUAUGUUGUAUCCCAGUAAACGAAUAAAAAUUUUGAGCCCUACGGAGGAUAUAAUUAAAUCGCGUAAAUGUUUUCGACCUUUUCACUUAAAGUGAAGCACCCUUUUCAGUUAAACCAUUUAAGUCAUCUUUCACACCUUGCACCUAGGCUCGACCUACCGUAGCGCCUGAUCAAAGAAUAUGUAAUGAACUUGUAUACUUUAUGUCACUCUCAGUUUUUAUUCACAAGAGGCCCUCCACUCUUAAGUAACCGGUUUGCUGUAGCAGAAACCUGUGGAGCAGAUAUUGUCGAUAGACCAAGUUUGUAAUGUAUGUAUGAAAAAACAAAACAAAAC